AGCAACGCAAGCUAUUCCCUUCAGCCAGCCUCAACAGCCACCUCUCGGAAUCCGAUCCUCUCCCUUUCAACGUCAACCUCCUCAACACUCGCUCCCCUUCUUCCUCGAAGAUCCACGUCCCAUAACAACAAGACAACAAUGUGAUCGCGGUCAUCGAGCUGGCCUUAUGACAAGCUUCAAUGUUACCUUCCGAUAAGUGCGACGACGCUGCGUGCUUCGCACCAGGUCACCAAGCACGCUCAAUCGGCACUCAGUCCUUCACAGCCCUCGCCUUCUCCUCCCUCCCAUUCGUUAUCACAUUCCUAGCCGUGAGCUUCGCAGUCCUCUAUAAACUAUUCCCGCUGGUCUCGAGUCUGCACAAGGAUGGAGAGCAGGAAGAACACUACCUACCUAGCGAUGCACCCCCUAGCUUGCGACAGAAACACGCGGAGCACAGCGCGAAAUCAUUGAGGCGGCGGGUUGUCGCUGUUACGUUCUCUGCGACUAUUUCGCUGGCUGCUGUGCUUGCGGAGUUGAUACUGUGCGAGAUCUCGAAUUCGUUGAACCCCGCUGCGAGAACACUUGCGCUCAAAGCUGUUGUUCCCACACUGCUCUUCUUUCUGGUUGUCCUCAUACCGUUCUUGGAAUUACAGUCGAUAGUGUCUGGAUCGGGAUGGACGUUCAAGAGGAGAAGUAAUGGGAGAUUGCCGAAGACAUCAUGGGCUCUGCAAAUGGUUGGGUUUACAGCAUGGCUGGCUGGGUUUUGGUGGCUGGGGAAAGGCGUUCCAGGCAUUGAGCCAGGGAAAGGAUUGAUGGAACAAUGUUUGGACCGAGUGGGUAUAGUCGGGAUAUCCCUCAUGGCUCUGCUUUCUGGAUUUGCUGCGGUGUCAGCACCAUGGCAGACAUUUGGAGCCAAGACGAGGCCAGUCACUGAUGCAGAUGUGGCUCGAAAGCAAGCAGGUCUAGAUGCCACGAACGACAUGUUAGCACUCAAACGGAGCCGUUUGCGUGCUCUGCAACGAAAGAUCCAAGAUUCUCCGUCCGAAGGAUUCAUGACGAAAGUCAUUGGAAGCAUUAGAGGUAAUGCAGACACACAAGAAGUGAAAGCCUUGGAGCUCGAGAUCUCCGGUCUCAACUCCAUGAAUCUAAGCCUCUCAAGCUCUCUGGCCGUGCUCCAGAAUCGCCUCGCGUACAGCCAACAGGCUUCCUCUCCCCUUGGAAAACUCCUCCUCAAACCCGCCUCCUACGCCUUCGCAGUCUACUGCAUCUACCGGAUCGCUUCAACGACCCUGACCAGCAUCCGACGCCUCUUCUUCCCACCCCUCGAUCCCUCUAUCUACACAUCCUCCACCUCGGAUCCCAUAAACCGAAUCCUCUCCCUCCUAGCCAAACACGUCGACCCCUCCCUCGACCAGCUCGCCUGGUCCCGACAAAUCUCCUUCCUCCUCUCCGGCAUCAUCCUCCUCGCGUCCUUCAACUCCGUCCUCCAAACGUUCCACAUGAUCACCAAGCUCGUGCCCUCCCUCCUCUACCAAGCACAAGCCAACCUCGCCUUACUCAUCGCGCAGAUCUCUGCCACGUACGUGAUUUCCAGCGCCUUGCUGCUGAGGAGUAAUCUGCCAAACGAGAUGAAGAGCGUGGUUAGUGAUGCGUUGGGGAGUCCGCUGGAGCCUGGGUUGGUGGAGAGGUGGUUCGACGGCUGGUUUUUGGUCGCGAGUUUGGGUACUGCGGUGGGGAUUUGGGUGGGGAGGAAGGUUGGGGGGAGGGGUGAUUGGGAUGAUUGGGAUUUGGAGGGGGAUAUUGAGUUGGGUCAGAAGAUGUCUUGAGAUCCUUCUCCAGAGUCCGCGUUUGUACUUGUAUUAGAAUGAGAUCACGGAAUAUGACUAUGAUAGACGAAGCGUUGCUGUGUUGUGGAUGCUUGUUUGUGUGCGUCUGGAAGUUCUACAGCAUGGAAAUGAGCUGCUUAGCUGCUUCAUAACAAUAUGUGGCAUUUGGCAUAAAGAAAAGAAUAUUAUCAUUAUCAAG